CCUGCACUCUGGACUUGCCGUGUUUGUUGCCCCUGUUGCUCGUUUGGCGCCUUGUGCCUGGCGCUUGCCUCUGGACAUUCUGGUGCUAUAUUAGCUUCAUCUGUUCGCUCUUCUUCUGAGCUCAAUUCUUACAAGAAAUUGAAUCCUCUUCUUUCUCUACUCACCUACAAUGCCUGAACACAACUUGCCCGACGUGCCCGUGAAGCAUGCCGACUUCCUGGAGCAUGUCAAAGCCCACCCAGAGAAGUCAAUCCCCGAUCUCGUGAAGCCAUACAAUGACUUUGAUGCGGUGGUACGCAAGAUCUAUGCCCAAGAGCCCGACCAUCCGGCCGUCACCAACAACCAUCUCAACCUCGUGCCUCUGUUCGACUCCAAUGGCUCAACAGAAGUCAGAAUCCGAGCUCGAGACCUUGCCUCGGAGACAGAUGACAUCAAGUCGAAGUACCUGAUGCCUCUGAAGGACGAGUAUCGUAAACCGUCCGGUGCACCUGCCAUUGUUUCUACCCUGAAGGAAUUCCAGACCCAUUUCAACAUCUUCUCCGAAAGCUCCCUGAGUGACCUGGAUUGGAACAAUGUCAUUGCCGCUGGAAGUGCCGUUGCUACUUCUAUUCUCCCUGUGCCUGAGAAGUACAACGGCUCCAAGCGUGGUCUGCGGCAGUUCUACCAUGAGAAGUUUGCCCCGGCUUCUGAUGUCGACCUGUUCCUUUAUGGUCUGACAGAGGAACAAGCCAUCGAAAAGAUCAAGCAGAUUGAGAAGUGCAUCAGGGACUCUAUACUCACCGAAGUAUCCACCAUUCGCACCAAACACGCCAUCACGAUUGUUUCGCAGUAUCCGACUCGACAUGUGCAAAUCGUUCUUCGCCGGUACAAGUCGAUUGCUGAGAUCCUGACUGGGUUUGAUGUCGAUUGUUCCUGUGCUGCAUAUGAUGGGACUCAGGUCUACCUGGCUCCUCGUGCUGUCGGAGCAUACAUUACCCAAGUGAAUCAGAUAGAUCUCUCUAGACGUUCGCCGUCCUACGAGAAUCGUCUUUCAAAGUAUUCACACCGAGGAUUCGAAGUUUUCUGGUCGGACUUGGAUCGUUCACGGAUUGAUCCGUCUCUCUUCGAGCGCAGCUUCACACGAACCGUCGGUCUCGCGCGUCUUCUUGUUCUAGAGAAACUUCCCAAGUCCUAUGACCGUGACAAAUAUCUAGAGCAACGACGCAAGGAGCGUGGGCGGCCUCCUGCUGAGAAUCAUUUCCGAUACAGAUCGCUCCGCGGGAACAUCAAAGAUAAUUGGGAGGAUGAGGUCGCGGAAUGGGUCGAUCAGGAUGAAGUGUCUGACUACCACACCUUUACCAUUCCAUAUGGCCCUAAGUUUCACGCCCGCAAGAUCGAGAAACUCCUCUAUACCAAGGACCUACUCCUCAAUGCCGAGUGGAACAAGCCGAAAGACCGUGAGGUCAACCUUCACCGUCACCCUGCCUUUUUUGGUAGUGUCCAGGACGUCAUACAUGAUUGCUGUGGAUACUGCCCCAAGCCAGCGACCCCCGAGGAGGAAGAGGUAGCUGCGGAGGAAAGCAAGAUAUACAUCUCAGGAGAGAUCACCUUCAUUAGUGACAAUCCUGGCCGACAAGAGAUUGGCAGCUUUAACCCUAUUACCGACACUGAUUGGACCGAAAUGGCCUACAUCGGAAACUCCGCUGGGCUCUGUCAAGCGAUUGUUGACAACGACCUCGAAGAGGUGAAGCGCCUGGUGAGUGAAGGCGUUGUUGAUGUGAACCGGCGCGACCACACCGGACGCACGCCGCUGCACUUGGCAUGCAUGACGUCGACUCCUCAGAUCGUCCAGCAUUUGGUGGACAACGGAGCUCGCAUGAUUUGGCGUGUCGCAGAUGGCCGUACUGCAUUGCAUUUGGCGGCUGCCCGGGGAAGUAUCGAGAUUGUCCGCAUUCUCCUGACCAAGAGCGACGAGAAUGAGGAAGAAGAGGCGCGCAAGGAGGAAACUCGCAAGAAGGAUACCGAGCCGACUGGCUCAGACAAGGAGAGCGAUGAGGAGCUACUCGACGGACCGUCUGAUGACGAAAACGCGGAUGCCACUUCGUACGUCACUGGAUCCUUUGUCGACGUCAAAAAAGAAGCCGACGACCAGUCCACGGUACCUGAUGAGGCAAUUGAUCUCGGCCCCGAUGUGUUCGAUAUCAAUGCCAUCGCCUGGGAUACCAAGGCAUCCCCUCUCCAUCUUGCAAUCCUCAACGGCCAUGUGGGAGUGGUCGAGGAGCUGGUUAGUUCGUUCGGUGCCGAUGUCAUCCUUCCUAUCAAGCUCCUGAACAGCUAUGACAAGUCCCCAAGAGCCGCUAUUCUUACCCUAGUGCUGGCAUCUCAGCUUCCGGGGGAAGCCGCCAAGGCCAUGAGCAAGAAGCUACUAGAGGUCGGAGCAUCGCCAGCCCAGGCCGACAUCAACCACAAAACCGCCUUGCACUACCUCGCCCAUUCCGGUAGCCCCGAGCUGCUGGACCUCUACCGACAGCUCGACCAGCCCGCAGUAGACAGGGCCAUCAAUCACCUUGCUGUGCAAGGUUAUUACUACGACCACAGAGUGGAAUCACCACUAGUGUCUGCAAUUGCAGCCGAGGAUGCUACCAAGACCCGCAAGCUACUGGACUUGGGCGCGCAUCCUUCUAUCAGUCUGGAGGAAUACCUUAAAGCCGUUGAAGCGGCGGACGCCACCAGAAACAGACAUAGUUCCAUCGGGGAACACACCAGCCGCUUCGAGCAAAAUACUACCCAGCCAAUAAUUCUCGCCGUGAGGAAAGACCUCCCCGACAUUGCGCGGGAAUUGCUCCGCCGUGGCGUGGAUCCGAACACUCUGACUGGGGCCGGUUACAGAGUGGUCAGAGAUUCGUAUGCUCGAAACAAUGAAGCUGGAACGUCGCUCCUUGACUCGGUGCAGAGGAAGAUCAAGGCACUUCGAAAGUACCAAGGCGAGAGCAUUACUGUGAAGCCGCCACUGCCCAUAGAAUCGGAUGACUCUAUAUAUCUGGAGGGGUGUGAAGAGGGCACUUACAAGAAGUGGGCGGCGGAGGUGAUGCUCAAGCAAGCGAGAGAUAGGUUCACUGAGGAACAGAAGCAAUUCGACGAAGCUGUCAAGGCAUCCAAGAACUGUGAUGGACUUGAGGAGAAGAAAGCCGCCAUCAAAGCGGUGCUUGCCGAAUUUGAGCAGUUGGAGGCAGAGCUGCUAUCCAAGGGCGCGAAGCGCUUCGCAGAAUUGCAUCCCGACAUCAAAUUCCAGAAGAAUUCUCGCAACAGCUACCGGGACUACUCGCAAAAGCAGGAGCCGUAUGAGACACACUUCGACUUCAAGGCGCAGAAGUGCACCGGUGAGAUGCAGGAAGGGUACAUGCAACUUUUUGAGGCUGCGUGGUCAGCAGAUAUCGAGACGAUCAAGGCUCUCACUCUAUCGCCAUGGGGCCCAAACAAAGACCGGACGCCUCUUGAGGUUGGAGUUACCGACUACCGCAACUUCUCUCCUUUCUCGAUUGCUGUGCUUCGAGGCCAUUUGAGCACCGCCAAGGCUAUACUCACCAUAUCGGUUGCGCAGUAUAAAGACGACGAUCAGCAUAAGAAGACUCGCUACCGGAUGAGAGAGUACCGAGAGAGUGACGAUGAUUCGUAUAAUUCUGAUGCUGAUUCGGAGGACAUUCAACUCGAGAGCCAUGUCAUCGACGCCGAAUUCACGAUCGAAAAUGUCGGCGAAGUCAAGAAGCAGGUCGAAAGCCAUAUCCAGCCGCAGAAUGUGCUGUUGGGAUCUUGCAACAUCCGCCUCUUCCUGGAUAAGAACGAACACUCCGAUGAUGAGGCAAUCGGCGACCUGAUUCAGUAUGCGAUCUGGAAAGACGACGUGCAACUACUGAUUUUCAUUCUCACUCUUGGCCAGGAGCUACUGGACAACAGCACGGAUCAGUCUCAACACUCCGCCUACCAGGUUCCGUACUACACUUUCAGGAUGGCCAUCCGUCUCGGUCGCCUCCGAUGCCUGGAGGAAAUGAUCAAACGCAGUGGUGCUGGGCUACCCCUCGAUAAACUCGCAGAGAAGAGCGGGGUCGAGAUAAAGGAGAAGCCCAAGUACUACCAGGGGUUGUCUGUACAUGGCAAGAAACGAGCUGACUGGGCUGCAAGGGGCGGCGGUAUGCCAGUCACCAGGGCGAUAGAUUUGAGUCCUCCCCUCCUGCUUGCUGCACAAGCGGGAAGUCUGGCUUCCGUGGAAUGGUUUCUGGGUACGGCCCCAGGCAGGUAUUAUCUUGAGUUUGUGAAAGCUCACAAGAAGGAUGCACGGUUGAGAAAGCUUGCUCUCACGGACAAGGGAUUGGAGCAGUCUAUCUUGGAUUGGUUGGAUACGCGACGCGACCUUGUUCUGCACUGCGCGGUGCUGUCAAAGUGCACGGAAGAAUCUAAGCACUUGGUGGAGUACCUGCUCCAACACAUGCCACACUGCCUGGAGGUGAAGUCGGCGACGGACUACACGCCCCUUGGUGCUGCAUUCAGGUCCAAUAAGCUUGAAUUCGCAAAAAUCCUCAUCAAGGCAGGCGCGAACCAAACCGUCCGCUGUGAGGGCGGCAUGAACCUUCUGCAUCUUCUCCUCCAAUACUACACCAGGCACCGCGACCAAGCUUGCUACAAAGAUAUGCUCGCCCUGAUCGACCCACGGCUUAUCUCAUCCAUGCUGGUCGAGCGCUGCGCCUCUGAGCCAGGCUCUGUCACCCCACUUGCACUCUGGAUGGCGAGCGUAUGGAGCGCGUACAACAUGACUGAAGACGCAGAGGAGCAGGCGGUGGACAUCCUGCGAACGAUUCUCGACCUUGCCAACCCCUCCGAACAGAGACACCUUGAGCUGCUCGACGGCUCCGGAAACACUCCGCUACACAACGCAGUAAAUGCUUUGCACGGAACACCUCUGAAGCUCUUCCUUGAGCGCCGCCCCGACCUCCUGCACCGCGAGAACGCCGUUGGAUCCACGCCCGCCGAACUGGCAGAGAACAAAUGGAUCGCCAAAGUCACGUCAAAUCCACCCGCAUCACCCCAGGUAGAAGAGAAUCGCUACGGGGGAUAUUAUGGCUCGAACCGCAGCGCGUGCGCUCUCGUGGAUAAGUCUCCACAGGAGUAUGUGAAGAAGUCCGUGCCAAAGUAUACGGCCGAGGACAUCCAUAACCUUUGCGUAGAGAAGGCGGCGGAGGACGUGAGCGGGAAGAGGAAACUGGUGAGCUUGUACGAUGCCAAUGAGGUGGCGAAGAGAUUGGCGCUGAAGCAGCGGAAUGGAGGCUGGUCGUACCGAAGCAGGAGGUAUAGACGGCGUGGGGAUGAGGAUGAUUAUGAUGAAGAGGAGGAGCAAGAUCAAGGAGAGCGCGAUGAGGUUGCUCAGUGGAUUGGGUGA